AUGACCCAAGACCAAAACAGCUUUUACAAGCCUGAAGAGGCGAUUUUUCACAAUGAUGGACGGGAGGAAGAACUCCUCCAAUACAUUCAAUCCCAUCCCGAACACCGCCAGAUGCAGGGCAACCCAGAGAAAAUUCUCGCCACAAUUGACGAGUACGGCUGCACGAAGAACUUCCUCAUGAAUGUCGGCCAGGAGAAAGGCAAAAUCGUGGCCGAAAAUUUGAUUCCCGAGCUCGAGCCUGAUUUCAUGGUCGAGCUGGGCGGAUACGUGGGUUACUCAGCCCUCUUAUUUGGAAGCGCCUUGAAACGUGCCGGGGGCCGCAAAUAUCUCAGCCUCGAGCGAAGCCCCAAGUUUGCCGCCAUAGCGGGUGCGCUAGUCGAGCUAGCGGGGCUCGACGAUACCGUGGAAGUCGUCGUCGGGCCCUGUCGAGACUCUCUGCGGAAGAUCCGUCAUGAUUAUCCUACUGGCGUGGUGGAUGUGUUCUUCAUUGAUCAUGCCAAAUUGGAUUACGUUAACGAUCUGAAGCUAUGCGAAGAGCUAGGACUGGUUGGACCAGGAACGACAGUCAUCGCUGAUAAUGUGAUUUCUCCUGGGGUUCCGGACUAUCGGGAGUAUGUCCGGACUCCAACCAGUCAGAAGGUCCAGAAGGUGCAAAAAGAGCUGCCGCAACUGCCAGUUGAGGACAGUAAAGAUAACUCUUUGGGUAAUCCGUAUCUGGUCUAUGACAGUACCCUUAUUGACAGUUAUGAACCGACAGGAGAGCCAGAUAGCCUAGAGGUAUCUCGCUGUUUGCAAAUCGAACGACAGUAG